AUGAGGUGCAAUGACGUCCCCAAAUGGUGGCUUCCGGGGACCAUAACCAUCACCGCCGCCAAUUUUUGCCCACCAAACUAUGCAUUGGCUAAUAACAACGGCGGCUGGUGCAAUCCACCUCUUCAACACUUCGAUUUGGCUCAGCCUGCAUUCUUGAAAAUUGCACAGUACCGUGCUGGUAUAGUUCCUGUGGUCUAUAGAAGGGUUCCAUGUAUGAAGAAAGGAGGAAUGAGGUUCACAAUCAAUGGCCAUUCUUACUUCAACUUGGUGUUGAUAACAAACGUUGGUGGAGUGGGAGAUGUGCAUGCAGUAUGGAUCAAAGGGUCACACACUGGUUGA